AUACAGACGACCUUGGACUGAUGCUUAGCCAAGUUCGGAUUAUACCACAAAACACUGAGGUGUCAAAGACCACUACAUACGUGUAGAAAAUGUCCCAUAACUGGCUAGUUUAACGAUUUUGAAUGCCCAUUUCUGAUUCUACAUUUUGUGUCAAUUCCCAACACAAACUUUUAACUGUUUACACAGAUUCAGCUCCGAAUUCUCUCUCAGAACUUAAUUGUCCUAAUGUAUUGGACUCAAUUGGUGCCUUUGACCAUGAAGGUAAAAGUAGUCGCAUCUCUAAUUCGGAAGCUGUUGGUAAUUCUUUCGUCACUUUUGAGGUUUCUGAGACCGAAACAUGUGCAAGCAAUUUAUCAGACGACUUUCAAACAGUUCCAGAAUAUUCAUUGCAUAAUGAGGUUUACGUACCAGCAACGUUUCCUAGUACGUUGUGUCGUUAUACAGAUCAGAUAAACACAGAUAAUUAUGGAGAUAUUGUUACUCAGAAUUUGUUAUGGCUAGCUGAGGAAGCUGUACAUGCACCUCUUGAUGUUAUGACGGAAAUUCCCCAGGAUACAAACCUCAUGUCUAAUGUGCACCCGAAUUAUAAAGCAGAUAGUAUUUUAGAAAGUCAUCUUUAUGUCACCCUUCCACCUCAUUCAGAAAUCCUCGGAGCUUCACAACCAUAUUACAGCUUCCAGGAAGAAAACACUACUGAUAAUGGACAGAGUUCUCAGCAGAUCCAUAUGUAUGUCGAUAACACAGCCCAAACCUUUUCAUCAGAGUUGGAAGUAACUUCAGAUUUAGUUCGUGUAAGCGGUUUCACCAGUGAGUCAAAAGACAACACAAUGUCGUGGCCAAACUCUUCUAGUGAAAGCUAUUCCUAUAAUUCUCACUACUUCAAAGGUGCUCCCAAUUUUUCCAUGAACUCAUCUCUAUGUAUUCAUACCGUGGAACCACACGGAGCCAGUGGAGAAAGUUACGUGAAUGGUUUUACUGUAUACCAAGGCCCUUCAAGCUCCGAUGAACUACUUGAUCAGACUUUUGAAUAUCCAGUCUGUGAUUUCUUUCCCACGGACGGUCAUAGUUAUACUUCCUACGACCAUUCUAAACCAUCUUACUAUAAUUCUUUUUCCGAAGGAUUUAGUAGCGCCAUAGUUUAUCCAGAUUGUGAUCCAAACGGUUAUGAAAGUGAACAGCAUGAUAGUAUAUUCGUCUCCAGCUUUCCAGACUCGUUGGUCACACAAGGUAAUACCUAUGUUUCCGCGUAUUUAAUUCCUGAUCAAAACUGCGAUUUUCGUUUAAAGCAGUCAAACAGCUAUCCGGAUUCUACGGUACACGUUCCUUUCUGUACAGCUUAUGAAACAAAUGCAAAUAGUUUUCAAUACAGUAACUCAGUCCAGUGUACACAUGCAUUUGAAUUGCCUUCGGCAACAUUUUUGACCGAUACAGAUCAGCAAUCAGCACGUAAUGCUUCUUCUGUAUACACACCAGCCAUGGUUUAUCCUUGCAGUAAUACAAAGUCGGAAUCGCUUCCUAACAACACGGAGUAUUCAUCUGUGGAAAAUGUCCCAGCCAAGUGUGUACCAGUGAUUCCCCCUAUCAUUUCUGAUAAUAAUAACACAGUCUCCAAAAAAUCGAAGUGGAUUUGUACUCAUUGUUCUUUGAGUUUUACACGUCCAAGUCACUUGGUAGAUCAUUUGCGUAUUCACACCGGUGAAAGACCUUACAAGUGUAUUUUAUGUGGACGUCAAUUCACUCAAGCUUCUAACCUUCGCCGACAUCUCUCAAGUCACAGAGCCUGGCCACCAGUGUCAUUUGUAACUGCUGCUGCAUCCAAUGGGCACCAAAAUUCUGAAAUAGUUCCAAAAAAUACUGAAGUGGUACCUAACUCUACUUCAUGUCGCCAUGUUUCUCCUAAAAUUUGGAUCUGUCGGUUUUGUGAUCAACGAUUUGAAACAUACAUACAACUUCGGGCUCAUAUUGUACAUCAUAAAGACAAGCAGGUUUAUGCAUGUGUAUUUUCUGAUUGCAACUCCUCUUUUUCAUCACCAAACAGUUUAUUAAAUCAUUUGUUAGAAAAACACCGAGUUAACAGGAGUGACAAACUUGCAUGUCAGACUUGCGACCAAAACUUUCACGGUAAUUUCGAUUUUAUUCUUAUGAUGAAUUUUAUUAUAUUCGUUCUUAUUCUUUUUUUUUCGUUCGUUCUGUAUCAUUCCUGUAGUUAGUGGCUUGCGCUCCGAAGUUUCCGGGGUUCUCCUGUUAGUAUGUCAGUUACCGAUAAUUUCGUAUUGGUAGUGUAGUACUUGACCCAUUAACUCGAUAUUACACUUCAUAGCAAUAAGGUUACUGUGAUAGAGGUUAAGUGUUGCACGGGAUUACAGCGUACCUUUUUCUGAGGAAAUCGUAAAAGGGUUUUGGUGUUAUGCAUCAUUUUUGAGAACGUUGUUUGUUAAUUAAAGAAAUAUUGAAUGUUAUAUUGGUGCGGAGGCAACUUCGUAGUUAAAGCACGAAGCUUUCACUCAGUAGAUCACAGAUUCAAACUCUGGUCUAUUUGUCUCACUUCAGAUGUCCGGGUAGCAUCACUGGCUCUCGCAAACAGUGUGGAUCAAAGCUGAGUAAUAUAAAACUGUACAUGAUAAACGAGUCACGUUAUGGUAUGAUAUUCUGUACAAUACCAAAGGACUUCAUACUCUUGUUUCGAAUAUCCGUGUGCUAAGCUAAUAUCCAUGAGUAUUUUGAUAAACACUUGUGUUAACGUUUUUGAAUGUUCUGACGUAAACUUAGGUUAUGACUAUUUAAAUUGUAGAUUUCUCUUAAAUCAGAUUACUAAUCAAUAACUGUUUAUUCAACAAACUAGUAGUCUGAUAGUUAGCAGUAUUGUACCUCCAUUCUAGUGUAACUUUGUCGUUGACGUGCUUUUAGAGAUAACACUCUCCUCAUCUAAAUUUCCAGGGGUUGAACUUCUACCGGGAGAUUCACUUUUUGAACUAGAAUAUGCCGAUGACAUUGUUUUAUUUGGUGAAGACGCUGACAAAAUGCAGUCUUCUGACGUAUGCACGACCACCGACUACCCCGACGUGCGAUGUUUUGUGGUGUGGAAGUAGGUUGGAAGAAAGCUAGGGGCGUCCAAACCAAAACAUGGUACAAAUCCAUGAAGUCACUGACAAGUGGACUGAGCCAUGUUGGUAUGUGUAGACUACCUGGUUGGGAACCGCGAGAUGAUGGCGACCGAUGGUUAGAGACCCUGGAUGACAUGGCUCAAAAUUGUUUGCAAUGGUGCAAGUGCAUCCACUCCUUGUGUUCUCCCAAAUUCUAAUCUUCUGAAUUCUUCAUGUCCCUUGUUUUCUUUCUAAAUUUAUUUCACUGGAUUAUACUCAUUGAAUAAAAUCUUCAAAUGCUAAUCUUUCCAAUUACUGCCUAUACUCUUACUACCUUUACCACAAUGGGAUUUGAAUCGACAAUUGUAUCUGUGUGCUAAUGUGGUAUGGCGACUCGAACUGAUGUACGAACGUAUGUAGUUCUACGUUGUUACGGAUUGACCAUAGAGUUAACAAUAUUUUGUUUUUUAAAUCUAGAAUUAUUUUAAUGCACAGCGUUUUUAAUUUACAAAAAUUUCAUGCUAUAGUAGAAAUUCAAACUGAGAGUUUGUAUUAAAUGUAAACAUCACUGUUCAACAUCAUUGAAAAACUGUUGUAAAAUGUGUUGUUUUAUCCUGCCACGUUUCAAUCUGUACUGUUAAAUGGUUUUUAUUGUGAAAAGACACCACUUACUAUGAAUCGGCUAUUAAAUAGAUUCAGAAGACAUGAAUAUAGUAUAUACUGUAUGUAUAUACAGUAUGUAUAUUGAUAUACUGACUGAUUGCUAGAGCUUCUAAACAUACACCAAUAUAACCUCCAACUAAACCCUCUCAUGUAAGUAAUUUAAACCCAUUAUGUAAUUAUGAUUUUAAAUAUCACAGGUUGUAAGCAGCUGAUGAGAACCAACGAAAUAAGACAAAUUCAUGCUAUUCUGCUAGAAUGUUUGUUCUCGCUCUUUUCAAAAUGAUAAAGGGAACUAUGUGUAUGACACAGCAAUGUUAGAAAAUCUUAGUGGUUUGAUUGCCCGGUUCUUAAAUUACCAAACCAAUCGUUUUUAAAUAUUCUUUAAUAAAAACUUCAAAAACGUCAUCAAUAAACAAGAUAACUUUCUCUUUUUUUAUUAAAAAAAAUGAAGAUUUCUUGCAUCUUGUUAGACACUUGUUGCCUCGACGUAAUGGAUCUAACUCCGGUUGUCCUAUGCUGUAUAUUAGAUC